UGUGUGUGUGUGUGUGUGUGUACUCCAGUCAGAUGUGGAGGCCCAGGUUAGAGCACACACAUAAUGCGGUGGUGUUGAUCUGAAAGCUGUUUGUAAAGCCUGUGUGAGGAUUGACAGGGAGCACAAACACAACAGAAAUCACCACAGGGUGAGCAUGAUGCAGAUGGGGGAGAACAUCAGGCUUCACUCGAAGAUGUCAGCCCAACAAACUAACUGGCUUGUGACCACGAUGCCAGGUAGAAGAUCCUGGGAUUGAGAAGUAAAUUUACACUGAUGGCCUGGACUGAGUAAGACGUUUUUGUGUUCAUGUUCUCUGUAUCGGACGCUUCUGUGCUGUUUUAUUAAUUUUUUUCGGCCAUGGUUGAUGAUGUUUUCUUCCUGAACAACAGGUUUCAGCUGGCCUGCUGAAGCUAUGGGGAGCUGUUGGAGUUGUCUGUACAGAGACCCCAUCCGAGACAACCAUCUCACCAAAUUUAAGGUCAUCAAUGUGGACGAUGAGGGCAACGAGCUGGGCUCUGGGAUCAUGGAGCUCACCCAGACCGAACUCAUUCUUCACACACGCAAGAGAGACGCCAUCCGGUGGCCGUAUCUCUGCCUGCGACGCUACGGCUAUGACUCCAACCUGUUUUCUUUCGAGAGCGGUCGCCGCUGUCAGACUGGGCAGGGAAUCUUUGCAUUCAAGUGUUCACGGGCAGAGGAGAUCUUCAAUCUGCUCCAGGAGCUGAUGCAAUGUAACAGCAUCAACGUGGUGGAAGAGUCGAUGAUGAUGACUCGCAGUGGUCACACACCAGAGAUGGAAAUGUCUCGCACACCCCAGACUCCCAACACUCCAGCGUUCCCUGUCCAGGCUUUUCCCAAUGGAUACCCUGGUUAUCCAAUCAGAGGUGAUUCCUCUCAACCCUCUCUUGCUGAUGAUCAUGGUCAUAGCCUAAUGGGUUUGGAAGACCAGACCCACACCUAUGUAAACACUGUUAGUAUGGAGGGGGAUCUCUCUAUGCGUCACUGUGUGCACUCCCUACCUGAGGUGCGGCCCAGCACUUUCCCUGAGACAACACGGGGAUCUAUGCCCGUCGGGGGCCAAGGAAACACGCAGUCCAACCUGCGGUGCUGUCCCCUGGAGGAGCAUAAAGAUCCUCAGGUGUUCUUACAGCCGUCCUCGCAGGAGGUCAAAUUCAUGCUGGGCCCCACUCCAGCACAGCGCCAUCUCCUGGAGAGGGAGAGAGAGAGGGAGAGGCAUGGGCACAAUCCUCACAGCAUUCAGCCAGUAGAGGGCGCAACAGGCUCAGAGACGGAAGGAGACGAGCCCUCUAUGCAUGUGUGCAACUCUCACUCCUAUCAUCAUUUCCAUCACCAUGCACACCGCCACCCAGGCCACGAGCACCCGGAUGGCUGCCAGAGUGGCGAGCUCACUUAUGAGAACAUCAACGGCCUGAGGAGCGGCCGGAAGCAGCGGCUGAGUCCCAGCAGCGUGUCGCAGUCUGUGGGGUCGAGCAGCAGCAGCAGCACUGGGGACAGUCACUCACACUCUCUCCUGCACCCACACGCCCAUGGCCCAUCGUCUCUACCUCCGCAGGGCUACGCCUGUGAGAGGGGCAUGGGCGGAGGUCACCGUCGGACAGCUCUGCUCAACUACGAGAACCUGCCGUCUCUGCCCCCCGUGUGGGAGUACAGCGCUCUGCAGCGGGACGACGAGCAGGAAGAUGAGGAUGAUGAACAGGAUGAGGAUGAAUAUGAAGAAGAGGAGGAAGAUUUUGAUGAAUAUGAGUUCUCAGAAGGCCCUGGGACACCCAAUGGGUACCACCAGGAUGGUCGGGGCAUCCACAGAGAUGCCCUGCAGAACUAUGUCAACACAGAGCAGGUCCAGCCGCCUCGGCUCCGACACACCUGCCCCCCACAUCCGCGGCCAUGUCAGCCAGACAGAGGGGGCCGAAUAUUUAGCUUUGAUUUCCGCAGACGAUCGAGGUCAGGAGUUGGAGGCUGUGAGCAUGGCCACAUGCCUCCAUCACGGCAGCUGAACUACAUCCAGGUGGACCUAGAGGGAGAACCUCCCUGCCAAGCCCUCAGCGGCGGGGGUGCCCAGAACCAGCCACAGCACCAGCGCCUACCACCCAAAAAAUGUGGCCAGCAGGCACCCCGGCGCAGUGAAUGCUACGCAGUUAUUGACCUAAAGAAGACCGCUGCCAUGUCCAACCUGCAGAAAGCUCUGCCCAGGGAUGAUGGGACUUCCAGAAAGACUCGCCACAACAGCACAGACCUGCCUCUGUAAACGGUGUUCAAACUGAAGAGGAAAGAUGAAGACAGAUGAAGGCUUAUCCUCAUCUUAGCACACUGGACCCUUCACUGUCAUCCAUCCAUUCAACUGUCGGGCUGUCUAAUACAGUACAGGUACCUAAUUAGAAACUUACUGAAACCUAUCUGUGCAUAUAAAAGGAAAAUCUCUGAGGAGAAUUUGCCAUUUUAUUCUGUGUUAUUUAUUAGAUAUGUGGUGUGAAGCUCUCUCAAGAAGCCUGCGGUUUCAACUGCAAAUACUGUUUGCUGGAUAUAUGGAUAUAUUUAUAAGCAUAAAAUCAUGUCCAUAUGAUUUUAUGUUUAGCUUAGAGCAGAGACCUCUGUUUUCAGUGGAAGCAGUCAUUGCCAUACUGUAUUAGAACAUUUUGAUUGUUAAACCCAUCUCCACCUACAAAUCUUAUUGUUCCCAUCUUUAACUUAACUACACCCAUUUGUUUUUUGUUUUUGGUUUAAAUUUGAUUUAAUAUGAGAAUCAAGAACCCUCGUUACAGAAGGUGAAGAGACUAGUUGUUGGCAUGAAAGAUGGUUAAUGGUUCCUUUAAGAUACUGGCCAAUAUUCAUACCUCAUCACAAGCACCGAAGUCUAAUAUUGUGGCUGGUAGAAGAGACCAUUAUUUGUUAAUAUAUGCCUAAAGAGCAUUUUGCACACAAUCCUAUGGAAUUGUAUUUAUCAUGUUUUAGAAAUAGUUUUGUCCAAUCUGAGUUUUCACAUUGACAAAUGAAAUGAAAUGAACAGAUGGGGAUAUUUUGAGAAUUAGACUAAACCGAAGGGGAAAGUAGCACACAUGGUUUAAAUGAGCUUCGGCUCUCUCCUAUCCACAUGCAGCAAUUAAAAAAGAAAAAGAAAAAAAAAAGUAGCAUAUCAUCCUCGUUCACGCCCCUUGUGUAUCAUCCUGCAGGGGGUCCACAUGGUUUACGCUUGUCACAUUGCACUUUUGACCCCAGGCCUCUGAAACUCUUGUCUCUACCCAAAUUAAACUAGAGCCACAAGGUUCAACUGUCUCCUUUUACCCAAAGCAGGGGGCCAAAAAUUUCAUGGACAUUCUUUGUCUGGAUAAUAGAUUUAUUUAAAUGUUUUGAUGGAGACAUUGAUAACCUCAGAAAGUGGCAUUAAGCUAUAACCUCACAUGAAAUGUGCUGAUUCUAUCAUUUGUCAGGUGUGAAUGGUCUGUUUUUUAAGGGUAAUCAAGUAUUUCGCAAAGUCGUGCAGUGAAGAUUUUUGUGAGGCUAUUAUUUAUCAACCUUUUUAGUUAGAUAUUUAUUUUAUUAUUUAUUUUUUCUUUCUUUUUUUGUAUUAAUUUUGUUUUCCAUGUGAUGACCUGCAUUUUGUAAUCCAGUUGGUAAUAUGGAGACCAAAGUUUCACCUCAAAUUAUCACUGGAUACUGGUGUAUUACUGUUAUAACUGUGCUUAAUUAUAUUUAAAGAAAAAAAGAAAGACUGUAUUUAUAUUUUAAGUGCCAAAACUUAAUUGCAAACUGUAUAAUGAAUAAAAUCAAAUGUGCCAUUAGGAUUUGUAGACAACAAAUACGACAGAAAGGCAUCAGGUCAUAACACAGCAAGGGCGGCGGUCGGGAGACAAACUUUUAAAAAAAAAAAGAAAAAAAAGAAGAAGAAGUAGAAAUUAAAACGACAAAAAAAACCUCCACAUUCCACCUCAUCCACAUCGACAGCCAUUUCGAGGGAGAUACGAGAAUGGUAAUCUUGUAGUUUGAUAAUCACAGUUAGGGUGGUUUUAUGCUGCUACAUGUACAUACUAACAGUAGCCCAUGUAAGCUACAGGUACUUGUCAAAUAUGAAAAAUAAUGUGUUCAAACCUAUGCGAUGUCAGAUCUUUUACCAUAUUGUUAGCUCUAAUAGAAGUAGCGUUGUUGUGUUCUUCAAAGAUCAUUUCUGAGCAGUAGAAAUGUAACGUGACAUUUCAUAGAAUGUUUCAUUUGGCCGAUAUUUCGUUAAGUCAAGAUUGUUUUCCUGACAAGCUGGCUGUCUAGUAGGAGAGGUAACACAAGCACAGGCCCACUGACACUGUCAUCCUUUAUUUGAACCUUUCAACUGGCAGAGGAAGGCUGCAUAUAAUAGAUAUACACAGGUAUAGGCCUUCAGAUGCAGAUGUAUUGUGGCCAUUACCUGAAGUUGGUCUUUUUUGUCUUUUUUUUCAAAUUUUUUGGGAAAUUGAAAUGAAUAUAGGACACAAAUACAAAUUCUUAAACUUAGAUAAGGAGUUAUUUUUUUGGCUUCUGUGUCACAUGACUCAAGUGCAAAGAUAAAAAAAUAUGUGUCUAAACUCAGUUGUGCAACUGCAAUGGCUGCUUCUGAUUGGUGCUCAGAUUAUUCAUGAUAUAACAAUUCUCCAAGGAGCCUCUCCCACAAACCACACAGACAGAAGUCUCUCAUAUGAAUGCCAUCAGGGCUUUCUUAGUCUUAAAUAAUUGCCUGUUAUAGUCUAUAAAAUAUCAGAACAUAAUGAAAAAAACCUGUCACAUCUUCCCACGGCUGAUGAUGGUUCUCAAAUGUCAGGUUUUGUCUGAGUAAUUGUCUAAAACCCAGCAGGUAUUCAAUAUGCAAUGAAACUCAACAGAGAAAAGCUGCAAAUCCUCACAUUUAAGAAGCUGGAAUCAGUAGAUGUUUGGCAUAUUUGUUUGAUAAUUUACUCAAAUUGUUGGCAAUCAAUUUUCUUUCAGUCGUCAAUGAACUGGUCUUCACAACACUAGAUGACAACCAAACUCAAUCUGUUGCCAAUCUUAUUUUUAGAUAUGGCAUAAGAAGGUAGUUGCAUUUUAUGACUUUUAUUUGCUGAUUUUGUGACCUGUAGUCUAAAAAGUCUAAGUCCAAAAAUGUCAUAAAAAUGUGAAAUGUAUUAAUCGUAGUCUCACUCAGAGUGACAGUCCAAAACCUAAAUAUAUUCAUUUUACAGUGAUAUAACACAAAGAAAAGCAGCAAAUCUGAGCAGAAACAACUAUUUUCAAAAUAAAAUAAAUUCAUUGUUUUAGCACUGCUGGUUUGAUACGCUGAUGUGAAAAUUGGCAGAAAUGCUGUUGGUCUGGUUUCAGGUGUGCAUUCCUAACACAGAAGCCUUGAAAAAAAUAAUAAAAUAAAAAAAUUGCUGUCCAUGUUUUUGCUUUAUAAUCAUACUCUGAUCAUUUGUUUUUGUUUUUAUUUUUUUAAAAGUUACUUCUCUCUAAUAAAAAAAAAAGGCCAACUUUAGGUUGUCCUGAUACUGGCAUUUUUUGGCCGUAUUUGCAGAUAUAUUUUAAUCAUCCACUGGAAGGAUGUUUACAUUUUUUGCAAUAAUAGGUGAAUUAUUGUUUUGUCAAACUAAAUCAGACCAAUGUGUGAAGUGUGAAAUUUUAAAUAGUAGUCUAUAGAGCUGUGGGCUUAAUGUAUUUAAUCGCCUGUUCUUCUGUGAAUCAGCAGUCUUAUUAUUUCAGGUAUGAUGUUUUACUUUUCAAUCUUCAUAGUACGAUUUUAGCUAUGAAAGUUUAAAAAAGUUGAUUGUCAGAUACUGUGUUUCCUUAAACUCACAUUAUCAGUGCCAUACAGUAGGUGACCAUUGCCCGUACCUAAAUUACAUUUUAUUCACUGUAUUCAACUUUUCAAUGUUUCAUACAGAAAUCAGCAAGAUGUUCAUCUAAUUUCUGAGAAUAAUGUUACCUGUGGUUUUAUGGUCAUUUAAAAAAAAAAAGAAAAUCCAUGUUGAAAUGUGUUAACUAUCUUUGUUAUAACGCAGUAACCUCACCACCACCCAAACCAAUUAGCAGUGAUUACAGCAGCAUUACCACAUCUCUUGUGUUUACUGAUUAAUAAUCAAAAUAAUAAGUAGAUAUGUUCAAUAAUUGUUUUACAGAUCAGCACUCGUGUGAACUUGUUGCACCUGAGUUCAAAUGAACUGCAGCUCCCAUCCCAUUACUCUUUGUGAUUGGCUCAGUGUUGAUGCUAUCUCAAGCAUUUUGUUCUCAUAACCUUCAGUGUUUAUGCCGCAGGCGUUACUCACACAGGUGUCUGUGAAAUCGUUAAACGCCACUCAUGGGUAAGAUUGGUUCUGCUGGUGUGAUCUGCAGGGCAAGGAGACACACGUCAAGAUAACAACUCCCAUCAUUAAGUUCCCCCAAACCAAAUUUAUUGAAUUGGUUGUUAAAUAAAAGGGCUUGCUCAGUGUUUACUGUACAAAACAUGAAAGCAUACAUUGAAGUCCAUUCAAAUAAAUUUCUCACUGUGCCUUUCAUAUUCAAGCUGGACAAAUGUUUUCACUGCUGUUUAUGAGGGCGGCCUGUUGUUUUAAAAGAAAGAAAGAAAAAUCACCGCCUGGUUGAAAGUUUAAGACUGAUGAAGUUGAAAGGGGCUUUAGUCAAAGUAGUUUUCAUACUUCAAGUCGUUCUCCAUACUUGAAGCUGUAUUGUGCCAACUCCUGAUUGUUUUACACCGUCACCAUACUGUAUUUAAAGAUGACGUCUGUACAAGGAAUAGUUUGACAUUUUGAGUAAAAAGUGUGUUUUCUUGCCUGGAAUUACAGGAGAAGAUUGAUACCACUCUUACACAUAUGAGUGUUAUCAAUUUUCUCAUCAAACUCUCAGCAAGAAAUGGAAAAAGUUUAUUUUACAAAAUGUCGACUUAUUCCUUAAGUUGUACAACUCAACAUAGAAUAAAUGAGAAUUAGUUGAGAUGAUAUGAGACAGAAGAUAAUUGUAAUAAUCUGUUCAGUAGUUAAGGACAUGCAGUGAAAUAGCCUAACUCAAUGUGACUGAGAAGGUAUUAAAUCAUGACUUGUAUGUUCUGUAGCAUAUAAUGUUAAUUAUGUGUGUUUGUCAUUAUAAUGUCAUGUGACUAUGGUGCACUCCAAGACUAUCUGAUUUCUCAUCAGCUGCAUUUUUGCUCUCAUAGUUCUGAAGAAUGUGGAAAUAAAAUUCCUUUGUGAUUUCUUUCAGUGUUUGUGUACUUUUCCAAUUUACCACGUCUCAAAGUGUGUAAGAUUAAUACACAGUACAUGU